AUGCGCGACGAGCAAGCUGGCUUUCGUUCUGGUCGAUCUACGAUUGACCAGGUGUUCAUCGUCAGAAGAGUGAUCGAAAUCUGGCAGCGGUAUUCGAAGCCAAUACAACUAGCGUUUCUGGACUUUGAAGCCGCGUUCGACUUUCCUCACCGAGGCCGUCUUCUCAACGCGCUCCGCGCCGAUGGAGUACCAGGUAAGUUCGUUCGCUUGCUUGAUGACAUGAAUCAACGAACAACUGCUGCAGUUCGAACACCAGCCGGAUAUACAACACCGUUCGAGGUGGUAUCUGGAGUAAGACAAGGGGCAGUGGCAGGGGUCUUCCUGUUCAACUUUGCUAUCGGCGAAUACAAUGCGGCGAUGCGAAGAACAGUCGAUCAGUGUCCUACCGACAUCGUCUUAGCGCCAUCAAGGUGCCCCUUGCCUGAUCUCAAGUACGCCGACGAUGUUAUAUUCGCGGAAAGCAGUACGAAACUUCAACAUGUUGUCAACCUUGUAUCGAAGCUGGCUGCAGUCUAUGGAUUACGUCUACCCUCUGAUAAAUGGAAGCAGAUGUGGAUCUCUUCGAGACCUCGAACGGGAAUCAGGGUGGACGGACAACCAAUUGAACUCGUCGAUGAGUUUUGUUACCUGGGCUGUAUGCUGGAGAAAAACGGCAGCCACGAGAAAGAUGCAGUAAGGCCAUUUCAACAUUCAACUCGUUAA